CACAGACUCGAACAGGGAAAGAGGCAGAGAAGGCGAGGCAGCACCAAUGGCAUCACGUUGCACCUCACAGUUUCUAAACCCACUAACCCUGCUGAUUCUGGUUUUGACUAUGAUGUGGACCUUUUCUGUCACAGAAAGUGCUGAUUCGAUUCAGCUCAGAGGGGAGGUUGGUGGAAAGGUGACCUUUCGCUGCCCCUUUGACCAGCAAAAGACAAUUCAAAUGUUCUACCUUCAGAAGGGCAUUAUCUUUGUGAAUGGCUAUUAUGAUUUAAAAAAUAUUACAGAGAAAUGGGAGAACACCAAAUUGGAUCGCCAAAGCACAACUGUGGAAAUGGACAGUUUGAAUGUCUCCCAUAUUGGUGACUAUCAGUGUCAUAUCAUGUACGCUGGCGGUGACAUGAAGACAUAUGAAACUACUAUUCACCUCAGUGUCACAGCCAGCUAUAGUAAACCUGAAGCCACAGUGUCCUGUAGAGAUGGAUUUGGUUGUCAGGUAAUGUGUGCCUCACAUGGCGGGUACCCAAGGGCCAGAAUGAUGUGGAACGUAACUGGGAAUCAGACAUGGAACAUUGUUGACAGCAAUGAAACGAGUGAUCCAACCACCAAGAUAUUCAACAUCUCCAGCACUGCAUAUUUCAACUGCUCCAAUGGAGAGCGGAAGUUCAGCUGCUCUGUGGACAACGUCAUCUCGAACGUGUACCCAGUCUGUACGCCUGACAACAACAUUAACAACAAUGCUUAUUUGAUAGUAGCAGCCAUCGUGGUGGUUUUAUGUAUUGUUAUGGUGGUGGUGGUGGUGGUGUUGACGAAAUGCAAGAAAGGACAGAAAGGGGAAGAAUCAACAAAUGUGAGGCAACAGGGUGGAGAAAAUGGAUGUAAGGAGGUUAUAUCCCUCAUGGAAAAAGGAGGGUAAGAGACAUCCUAUGUGUUGAAUUGGUGAAGAAGAUCAUCCGACUUCUGCUCGGGCCAAACAUCUUACGUGUUCUAGAAUCUAGAAUGAAAACUGUCACUAAAGUGUAUGUUACAUUUGGGACUGACUGGCUACAUACACGCCAAGAAUGGCCAGUAACCACAGUGACUGACUAUGGACUGAAUGCUGUCAACGUUUCACUGACACUUGUGACUUGUGGAGUGUUUUGAGGAAGUAUUCAUUAUCAGUAUCCUUUUACUGGUAAAGUAGGCCUACAGUGCGUCAUUCGUCUGACAGCAGCUCACUUCUCAAAAAGAAGGACUUUUCCAUUGGUUUGUGGUGAGAUUAUUGUCACAUACUGGGAAAACAGUCUCGGAAGGAAACACUUCCCAGCAGGACGAGUAGUGAAAUGAAAAGACUGUAUUUAAAGCUUGAUGAAAUAUAUAUUGUCUUGUUACACUGACCUCUAUAGGGAGAAGUGAGAUAUGUUUGUACAAGUGUCACUUUUGUAAUGUGUUUAAUCAUUUCUAAAUAUAAUAUAUUGUUGUAUUGCACUUUAAAAUAGCCCUUUGUGUGCCCAUUUAUUUAAGACACAUAGUAGAAUAGUCAAUGUCAGUUUGAAAGUGAUCAAAAGGCACUGUAAUUCCCUAAUUUGUGUCCAGGGUUUUAACUCUUUAUUUAGUUUUGUCAGAAAUGAUCAGUAACAGAGGCCGUGAAAAAUAUGGAUGUCAGUAUAAUGUUUGCAAAUGAAUUUGUUCUAAGAAUUUUGCUGUUUCAGCAAAGUUCUCUGCAAUAAAUCCCAGUAUUCCCCCUGUAAAGUGCAAUAUUGAAUACAAAGCUGUUUUUAAAUGAAUUGCCGUUACCCUCACAAUUAAUAUUUUGGUCCUCUUCACAACUGACAUUUUGUCUCAGGUGACUGUUCUCAUGUGAAACAACCCUUUUGUAUGCUGUUUUUCCACAUAUUUAUUUUAUUUUGUUUUUCUUUCUCAGUAUCAAACUUUAUGUGGUUUACCCUGUUUACAGUAUUUUGAGUAAGGAGACCUCACUUAUUCCUCCUUCCUCAGAAUUACCGAACAAUCUCAAAGGGCUGCUUUCAGUUCCUAAAUCUGUGCAAAAAACCUUCACUGUUUUAGGCAGAAGGAUGUCCAAUUUUGUAACUUGUCUUGUUCAUUUGUCAUCACAACCCUGUCUGUAUCUCAUUUUACUUAGCUACUGAAAUGUACCAUAAAUUAAAAAUUGUGUUGUGGGAAGAAUUAC